UGUGUCACCUACCGCAGCGUAGUGGUCAGAGCAUUGGUGCGUAAAGCCAAAGGUCCUGGGUUCGAUUCCAGGUGAGGUAGUAAAUGCAUAUAAUAUGACACUAGAUAUUAACGUCUUGUGGCAAUAAUCCAGCCUGAUGAAAAAUAGUAUGUGUAGUACUUAACGGAAGUGCAGGUAAAGUAGGCUCUGAAGAUCCUAGAUCAUUAAAUCACCCUCGACAGAUGUCGCAAUAAGCGCCCACCAGUUAACAAGAUUUCUUAUAUAUGCAUAGGUGGGUACCCGUCCCAGUAACUGGCUGGUAAAUACAAUGGGGUAUUAAAUUGACGUAACAAAAUGAGACGGCGAGCUUUGUGCUGUUACAAUGUUAAUAAAAGGUAACGAAGAACAAAGACAAAACAUAAAAUGGAGUGUAGAUAGAACGUGCUCAGAAAAAUUGAGCUCCGCCCAACGAUUCGAGCACAACCGUCCCAUUGGAGCACUUGCGCACACAACCGACAACAAAUAAACUCAAAGUUAUCCCCUCACGCAAUGUGCACCAAUUUGUAGAUCUGAGUUCAAAGAGAAGCCGCCAAAACCACCACGGCUUCCACGCGAAACAUCCUGAGUGUUGUUGACAUAAUACCCGGAGGUACCUCUUUAUGUUGUUAUCAAAUUUGUUUCCAACGCGCGGCUCUUGAGUGACUCUUAUUUUUUUCCCUCUCGUCAUCCAACACCAAAAUGUGCUCACAUUGGAAAACUUUUGGAGGCAGAGAAUUUUCAUAAAGAAAAAGAUAUGCCUCGGCCUUCCAGGGAGACUUAUGGAGACCAAAAGCCUCCAUAUUCUUAUAUAUCACUUACGGCUAUGGCUAUCUGGAGUUCGCCAGAAAAAAUGCUACCUCUCUCAGAAAUAUAUCGCUUCAUAACAGACAAUUUUCCAUACUAUCGUCGCAAUACUCAGAGAUGGCAAAAUUCACUUCGGCACAACCUCUCCUUCAACGAUUGCUUCAUAAAAAUUCCAAGAAGGCCCGAUAGGCCCGGCAAAGGAGCUUAUUGGGCUUUACAUCCAGCCGCUCUAGACAUGUUUGAAAACGGAAGUUUCUUGAGACGAAGAAAACGUUUCAAACUUCCCAAAAACGUUUCGAAAGAGUUAGACUCUUUAGUAAAGAUGCAACCUGGAACUUUUCCGGGGAUGUCCUCGUCCUCUUCAGUUCCUGCUCCUAGUACAACGGUUGGCUAUUCUGAAUCCGAAAGUAGCAUUCCAAAGACUUCUAAUACAAUUAAGAACUUCAGCAUAGAUAGCAUAAUAAGGCCUGAUAAGAAAGCCACUCCAGAGGCACAAGUUCCUCCACCAGUAACGCAUCCAACUCUUUCCGAGAGUGAACUGUUUUCCAAGUGGUGUGUACCAUUCUCACAACAUUCAGAAUUGGUUCAUCAUCAAGCAGCUCUAUUGGAAUAUGCGGCUAGUUUAAUGUCGAUGGCUCCAGUUAUGUCGCCGGCUAUGUUGGGGCCGCAGCCCUUCGUACCAGGAGGACUCUUCUCCAGCACGUUCCCAGCAACACCCUUACCUAUGCGCUGUGUUCCUACGAUACCUUACACUGUGAACGAAUCGCAACCAAUUCAACAAACUAAACAAACUUUUAGUGAUGCGGUAUGUGAAGAACGUCAAAUGUUAUGUAGUGAACAACAACAACAGUCGACUAGUAAAAGUUCUGAUAGUGGCCCGUAAUCUAAAGGCUGUGCGUAUUUUUACAAACACUGGAAUAAGUGAGUUAUCAUCUAUCAAAUAUCUCAGUUCACUGUUUACUCAUUGUCAGCUAAACCUCACGUAACUCAAAAGGUCCUAAUAGCUUCAAAUAAAUUACAUUUCAGACAAAAUAGUGAUAGAGAACAUGCUUCCUUGUCCUAUUUUCAAAAAUUAUUGUAGGAACUCUCUUGAUUCAAUUCAAUAAAUGAUGCAGCAAAACGACGCCCUAGAUUUUCUUUAAUCUACAAUCUUCAUCAGGAAUUCUCAAUAAAUUAAAAAAUAUCUAUCAUACCGAUUAACCUGUUUAGGCCAUGUGAUUUGUUGAAGAUCUGUCAUUAAUAUAUCAAUCAACACUAACGUAACCAAACCUAACCGUGCCCCAAGAUUCUACCUAAAUCAAAAUAAUUUUUUACAGAUUAAAAUAAUUCGAAGUGGUCUGUAUUCUGU